GGCUCAAUAGCAGGGAUUUGUGUGGACGGGGUUUUGUUCCCUCUAGAUGCCAUUAAGACACGUCUUCAAUCAUCCAAAGGUUUCUAUAAGUCUGGUGGCUUUAAAUCAAUUUACAAAGGCAUCACUCCAGCUCUUCUUGGGUCCGCCCCUGGAGCUGCCUUAUUCUUCUGCACAUAUACAAUUGUCAAGGGACAUGCGCCGAAUAGCCUACCGCAGCCAAUAACUCAAAUGUCAGGAGCUGCCCUUGGAGAAGUAGUGGCGUGCUUGGUGAGAGUGCCAGUGGAAGUGAUCAAGCAGAGAGCCAUGGUAUCAUCCUCCAAAUCGCCUCUCACACUAUCUCGACUGACCUAUCAAAAUGAGGGCUGGAGAGGUUUCUACAGAGGCUACAUGAGCACAGUAUUGAGGGAAAUUCCUUUUUCCAUUGUACAGUUUCCUAUAUGGGAAUAUUUAAAAGUGACAUGGGGUCGAAACCAGGACAGUCAGGUGCUUCCGUGGCAGUCAGCCGUUUGUGGUGCAAUAGCAGGUUGUGGCAUAGCAGCAGCAACCACCACGCCGCUCGAUGUUGCAAAAACAAGAAUCAUGCUAGCCAAGCAUACCUCCGACCUAUCGCGAGGAAACGUCAUCACAGCCAUCCAACAUGUUUACCGUCAUAAGGGAAUCAAUGGAUUGUUCGAUGGCAUUGUACCAAGAGUGAUGUGGAUAUCCUUGGGAGGAGCUAUCUUUCUUGGAGUGUACGACCAAGUUGUUUACCUCAUCAAGUGA